AUGCCUCUCCCUACUAGGCAAGACACCGCAUCCUCUCGGUCGUCCACAUCGACCAGCAAAUCCAACUCUCCAUCUUCGCCCAGCAGCAGCGGCGGCGGCCAAGUGCGACAAAUCAUCGACGACCGAUACGUUGACCCAGACAGGCUAAAGAGUUAUAUGAAGAAGAACUUUGCACAAGGGACCUGGGCUGUUCAGGCCAAAUUGGGCAUCAUCACCAUCACUGCGCCGCGACUCAUUCCCAAGGAGGACUUCGCCCUCUUUACAGUGGGCAGUUACUAG